AUGUUUACGUUAAGACAGCUGAACCGUAAAAAUUUUGGAGUACUGAAAACACUCUUCGUGGCCCUAGGUGGCUCCACGUUGGUUGCUGCCAAUGCCUUCUUCUUUGGUAGUUUAGGAUCUACUUGUUGGCAAAUCUCUGUGCCAAUGGGCCUCGUAGAUAUGGUAGUACACGAGAAACGUGAUGUACCCGUAGGCGGUCUAACCAGCUUCUACGGCAGCCCAUUAUGGUAA